UGCAUUGAGAAGAGGGUCGAUAUUAACUGCUUAAUUUUGUUAUAUAAACUAGUUCAGUAUAGCUGUUUUUAUUUGUUUAAUAUGAAGAUACUUAUUGUUUUAGUCAUUCUAUUUGGCAUAGCCUGGGGUGAUAAUAUAUUUAAAGACUUGAAGCUAGCAGUGAACGAAUGCGAUGCCGGACCUGGUGGUGCAAAUGAGGUAAAAUUCCCGAUGGACCUACAAAAAGCAGCAGCAACAAUAUCCUGCGUUAUGAUGAAAAGCGGACUCGUCACUGAAAAUGGGGACCCAGUGGCAAGUAAUAUUAAAAAACUGUUUGGAACAGUAAAAGAUGACAACGAAAUUGACGCAAUGAUCCAGAAAUGCACCAAAAAAGGAAAUACAACUGAAGAGGCAGCUGUGAAUAUGUUUAUGUGUUUGCAAGAAAUAAAUAGUUAACUGAUUAAUUAAAAAUAAACCUAUUUUAGCAGUG